AUGUCAUCACUGGACCUUUGCACCUCAAUUUUACCUUUGCUCUCUCCAAUCCCCAAGUGUUUCCCUUCUCCAACAGGGUUCUCUUUCUCCAAGCCCCGCCUCUGCCACCUUAAUCUUCGGAGUCGUUUUCUUUCUCCGCCGGCCGCUGCCCAGUUCUCCUCUGGCAAAGAAAAUGAAGAAUUUUUGUUAGAAGAAAUAAACGAAAAUGAAGAAGAGUACGAACUUGGAUACGAUUCGUCUGUGGAGGUGGAGGGGGAGGGGGAGGAGUUUAAUUUUGAAGAGCUUGAACGCCAAGCCCAACUAGCUGUAAAGGAUUACUCAGAUUCCUUGUCUCUCCAAUUGAAAAUCGAAGACGAGACUUCCAGUCAAAAGGACACUCGUGGAAAACAGAAAAGGAGAAAAAAUACCACUUUCAAUGUUCCAGAUCAUCUUCUUCCGAGGGUUGCAAUUGUCGGAAGGCCAAAUGUUGGUAAAUCAGCACUGUUCAAUCGUCUUGUUGGGGGGAACAGAGCCAUUGUGGUAGAUGAACCUGGUGUGACAAGGGAUCGUUUGUAUGGUAGAUCAUUUUGGGGAGAAUAUGAAUUCAUGGUAGUGGAUACUGGAGGUGUUCUAACUAUUUCUAAGUCACAGACCAAUGUGAUGGAAGAAUUGGCUGUCUCUACAACCAUUGGCAUGGAGGGGAUUCCCCUUGCCUCCAGGGAGGCUGCUGUUGCCAGGAUGCCUUCGAUGAUUGAGAAACAAGCUACAAUAGCUGUAGAAGAGUCAUCUGUCAUCAUAUUCCUUGUUGAUGGUCAGGCAGGUCUAACUGCGUCUGACGUGGAAAUAGGAUAUUGGUUACGGAAAAACUAUUCUCACAAAUGUAUUAUUCUUGCUGUCAACAAGUGUGAAUCUCCUCGUAAAGGAGUAAUGCAAGCAUCAGAAUUCUGGUCUUUGGGGUAUUCACCACUUCCUAUAUCUGCUAUAUCUGGGAGUGGAACUGGAGAGCUUCUUGAUCUUGUUUGCUCACAACUAAAAAAAAUUGAGACAGAAAACAAUGAUGAAGAAGAAGAUUAUGUUCCUGCAAUUGCGAUUGUUGGCCGGCCAAACGUUGGUAAAAGUAGUAUUCUGAAUGCUUUGGUUGGAGAGGACAGAACAAUAGUCAGUCCAGUUAGUGGAACAACACGUGAUGCCAUAGAUACUGAAUUUACUGGGUCAGAUGGCCAGAAAUUUCAUCUUAUUGAUACAGCUGGUAUCCGAAGGAGAGCAGCCGUAGCUUCAUCAGGUAGCACCACGGAGGCUCUAUCUGUAAAUCGAGCAUUUCGUGCCAUUCGUCGUUCUGAUGUUGUGGCUCUUGUAAUUGAGGCCAUGGCCUGCAUCACAGAGCAGGAUUUCAAGAUUGCUGAACGGAUAGAAAGAGAGGGGAAGGGUUGCCUGAUUGUUGUGAACAAGUGGGACACAAUACCCAACAAAAACCAGCAAACUGCUAUGUAUUAUGAGCAAGAUGUUAGAGAGAAGCUACGAAUUCUUAAUUGGGCACCCAUUGUAUACUCAACGGCAAUACAAGGGCAUAGCAUCGAAAAAAUCAUUUUGGCUGCUGGUAUGGUUGAGAAAGAAAGAUCGAGGAGGUUAACUACAGCGACAUUGAAUCAAGUGGUAAGGGAAGCAGUUGCCUUCAAGCCACCUCCAAGAACUAGAGGUGGGAAAAGAGGACGUGUUUAUUAUUGCACUCAGGCAGCUAUUAGACCACCUACAUUUGUCUUCUUUGUAAAUGAUGCAAAGCUUUUCCCUGAAACAUAUCGGCGAUAUAUGGAGAAGCAACUAAGAACAAGUGCAGGCUUUACUGGCACACCAAUUCGGCUUCUAUGGCGCAGCAGAAGAAAACUGGAGAAAUAUGAUGGAAAGGAUGCUGCAACAAAGAGACAAGUGAAUCUAGUGCCAAGUGACAGCGGGUUGGCAGUAACAAAAUGA